AUGAUUAGUAAUCAAAUUCAUAGCGUACCACCACCACAAACCACCAACACAAUGAAUCAACAACAACAACAACAACAGCAACAACAACCACUUUAUAGCAAUGGAAAUGGCAGUAGCAAUUCACCUUUGAAUGGUUAUACAACUGUUGGUUUGGGUGGAGAUUUUAUUAGUAACAAUGUAAAUAUAGGCGAUAUCAAUAAUGUAGAUAUGUACAAUCGAAAAAGAAAAGCGGAAACUGAACAAAUUAUAGAACAACAUUAUCAAUUACAAGAUCAACAAUUACAAUCACAACCACCACUACCACAGCUAUUACCAACACAAACACAAACUCAAAUACAAACUCCAACUCAAACACCACCACUACUUCAACAACCACAACAACAACAACAACAAACAAUACAACAAGCAAAACCAACUACACCACAAUCAUCAUCACCCACACCACCAAAUGUAGAUAAUGCGACAAUCAAUGCACCAGAUUCAAAAAGAGAAAAACCAACCGAGAUCGAAAAGAUUGUAAUUUACACUGAUGGUGCUUGUCGCCGUAAUCCUGGACCUGGAUCGUGGGGUUGUCUUAUUUUCGAGGGCGACAACAUAAAGACACUCGACGAGCAGACUGCCAAGUCACUGUGUGGAGGUGAGGUCAAGACAACCAACAAUCGUAUGGAGCUAAUGGCAGUGAUCCAGGGACUCGAAAAAAAAGAUAAACAAAAAGCAAAAAAAAAAACAAAUGAACACUUCCAUCCAUCAACUCAUCCAUCAAUCCAACCCCAACCAACCAAACCUGUUAAAUAA